CAAGCACAAACAAGUCUAAAAACUCAAAAAACGAGACAACACUCUUAUCCAGCUAAUCGUCUACCCUACUAUUGUCCUCUACACCUUUCUAUUUUAAAUAGUAAUUAUUUCUAAUCGACUGACUAAAUGUAUAACUUGUGAAUAUAAAAACUAGACUAGAUAAAUCCCAAUAAUAAACUAGAGUAUACACAGAUCAAGCCACUAUCUUAAAAAGUUAGAGAUACUGUUUCCGAAAACUCCUCAACCCAAGUGCAACUAUACAUUGCUUAUAAAUAUAAUUAUUUUUUGAUCCCAACAUAUCCAGUGAAAAAUCGAUAAGUGAGGUUUGAGAAGAGUAGAGUGUACACACAUCUUACCACUAUCUCAAGAAGGUUCAUAGAGUCUGUUUCUGAAAGACCCUCGACUCAAUGCAGCUAUAUAGCUAGUAAAUGUAAUUAUUUUUUGAUCGAUGGGCUAAAUGUAUAACUUGUCCAUAUAAAAACUGGGCUAGGUAAGGCCCAAUAUCAGAAUUCCUUAAACCCAAGCCCAUUAGAGAAAGUGGACUGUAAAACCCUAAACCCCAAGGACUAGAACCUUCUACUACAAUCUUGAACUUGUCUGCUAAUAUAAAAGAUCCCAGCUUCAUCGUUUUCUCUUCUUCUACACACGCACACAAAGCAAAAAAGCAAAAAAGCAAAAAAGGGUCGGGGUGGUUUAAGCAGUAGAAGUAGAAAUGGCGAAGCGUUUGAUCCCAACACUGAACAGAGUAUUGAUUGAGAAGAUAACAGCUCCAGCUAAAACUACUGCUGGUAUUCUUCUCCCUGAGAAGUCUUCCAAGCUGAAUUCCGGGAAAGUUGUGGCUGUUGGGCCAGGGCUGCACGACAAGGCAGGAAACCGGAUCCCAACUGCCGUCAAGGAAGGUGACACUGUCUUGUUGCCUGAGUAUGGUGGUACUCAAGUCAAGUUGGGGGAGAAAGAGUUCCAUUUGUUCCGGGAUGAAGACAUUUUGGGGACACUGCACGACUGAGCAUCUAUAUAUUUGAGUUCAUUCACGCUGUUGAGUUUAAUUUAAGGGGGUUCAUUUCAAGGAUGUUUCUGGUUAAGUUAUCGAAUUGUUGACAAUUGUGUUUGAUACGUAAUGCAAUGAUAGUUGAAUAACCUUUGCACUUGUGUUCUUUUAGUAUUGAGUUCUUGACAUGGAAACCUUUUGGUACUGUUCAGUUGAGAGGCUUGUGGUUAACACAUUAUGCUUUAUGGCAAAUGCUUAUGUUGAUCAA